ACAACAUGUGUUGCCAGGGAACUACUUUAUAAACGGUCAGACAAGACAGGCAGUUGUCAAAACAUGGAGGACAAGUUCUUCAACAAUAUGCGCUGUCUGGUUCUUGGUCUUUUGGUGGCUCUAGUUGGCAUCGGGACAGCACAAGAAGAGGACUGUUUAGAUGGGUGGACAGCGUACCGUGGAGCCUGCUUCAAACUGUUUACAGAGACGGCGACUAUGGGUUCUGCAAAUAACUUCUGCCAAAGUUUGGGAGGUAGUAACGUCCUAAGGCCGAAGACUAAAGGCAUACAGGCGCUAGUGCAGGGCAUGAUCAUGGAUCACCCAGAAGCCAGCUACUGGAUGCACAUGAUCCGGUCUCCUAUGAUAGAGGGAGGCUGGACAUACCUCGACUCAACAUGGUUGAUUGACUGUGACUUCACCAACUGGGGCCCGGCCUCUGACGGUGAGGUGAGUUCGAACGACGGCGCCAACACCGAGCAGUGUGCCAUACUCACACCGGACACCAACUGGCAAUGGGAGGACACGUCCUGUGGCAAUACCUACAGCUACAUCUGCCAGAAAGUGUUGGUCAACGACCCCUGCCCGUCCGGGUGGACGGUGGGCCCCGGGCAUUACUGCUACAAGGUGUCGGCGACAGUCGCGACCUUCGCCGGCGCAGAGUCGGUCUGUGCCGCCGAGCAAGCCCGGCUGGCCGCUCCGUACGACGAGAGGACUCACCAGUUCAUCGUAGGGAUGGGCAUGCUGGUCAACCCCAACUCAGACCACUGGGUCGGCAUCAAACCUGACACCGUCAACGGAGGAUUCAAGUUUUCAGACGACACAGAACUACCUCAGUGCGGGUACAUGAAGUGGGCUGCCGACCAGCCGGACACGUCCCUGCCGUGCGGGUACCUGGACUCCACCGCGGCGUUCAACUGGGCCACUGCGGACACCAGCGCCGAGAAGUACUACAUAUGUCAGAAGGGUCCCACCAGCUGCACGGCUGACCAGUUCGCCUGUCCGUGUAACAGCUGCUGUCUGGAGACAGCCCAGCUGUGUGACCGGGUUAACGACUGUACUGACGGCAGCGAUGAAGCCGGAUGUGUCUAUCCUACAACCGAGGGACCAACCACGACCCCGGUUGUAACAACCACCACGCCGGCAGUUACAACCGUCCUGACAACCACUACAACCGUGGGUGGUGGAAACAUCGCGGAAAGUACGGCGCCGGAUCUCAGGGCUCCAUCGACGGCUUCGACGACGACUAGCCGGCCGGAGGAGGGCGGUUCUGCCGCCGCUAACACGGCGCCGGUCGGUGCGGUGGCGGGCGGGGUGGUCGGGGCCGUGGUUGUAGUGGGAGCGGGCGCGGCAGUCGUCGGAUACAUGCUGUAUAAGAAGAAACAAGUGACGGUGGAACCUACACCGUAA